CUGGGUUCGUUUCAGUUACGUCCGGGACUCGGCAGAAGAAGCGAGAAGAUGGCGGAAGUGGAGUUCUCAAAUGCGACCCAGGAAAUCCUCAAUGCCACCUUUCAUACCACGCUGGCCCUCACCACGAAGCUGGUGCUUCCUACACCUACCAAACCUAUCCUUCCAGUGCAGACUGGGGUUCAAGCUCAACAAGAAGAGCAGUCGAGUGGCAUGACUAUAUUCUUUAGUCUUCUUGUAUUAGGUAUCUGCAUCAUAUUGGUGCAUUUAUUGAUAAGAUACAGGCUGCAUUUCAUGCCCGAAAGUGUUGCUGUUGUUUCUUUAGGUAUCCUCAUGGGAGCAUUUAUAAAAAUUAUAGAAUCCCAGAAGCUGGCCAACUGGAAGGAAGAAGAAAUGUUUCGUCCCAAUAUGUUUUUCCUUCUUUUACUCCCGCCAAUUAUUUUUGAAUCUGGGUAUUCAUUACACAAGGGAAACUUCUUUCAAAACAUUGGCUCCAUCACCCUGUUUUCUGUGAUUGGGACAGCAAUUUCAGCUUUCAUUGUCGGUGGAGGAAUUUACUUUUUGGGCCAGGCUGAUGUAAUUUACAAACUCAACAUGACUGAUAGCUUUGCCUUUGGUUCCCUGAUAUCUGCCGUUGACCCAGUAGCUACUAUUGCUAUCUUUAAUGCCCUUAAUGUGGAUCCUGUACUUAACAUGCUGGUUUUUGGGGAAAGUAUUCUCAAUGAUGCAGUCUCAAUCGUCCUGACAAACACAGCAGAAGGUUUGACAAGAGAACAUACAUCAGAUGUAAGUGGAUGGCAAACCUUUCUUCAGGCACUGGGUUACUUUCUGAAAAUGUUCUUCGGAUCUGCAGCACUGGGGACUCUAACUGGCCUUAUUUCUGCAUUAGUGUUGAAGCAAAUUGAUUUAAGGAAAACUCCCUCCCUGGAGUUUGGAAUGAUGAUUAUCUUUGCUUAUCUUCCCUAUGGACUUGCAGAAGGCAUUUCCCUCUCAGGUAUCAUGGCUAUCUUGUUCUCUGGCAUUGUAAUGUCUCACUACACCCAUCACAACCUUUCUCCAGUUACGCAAAUCUUAAUGCAGCAGACUCUGAGAACCGUUGCAUUCAUGUGUGAAACAUGUGUUUUUGCAUUUCUAGGUCUGUCAAUCUUUAGCUUUCCCCACAAGUUUGAAAUGUCCUUUGUCAUCUGGUGCAUAGUGCUUGUCCUUUUUGGCAGAGCUGUCAAUAUUUUCCCCCUCUCCUACCUCCUCAAUUUCUUCCGCGAUCACAAGAUCACCCCCAAAAUGAUGUUCAUCAUGUGGUUUAGUGGCUUACGUGGGGCAAUUCCAUAUGCCUUGAGUCUCCAUUUGGGCUUGGAGCCCAUAGAGAAGCGGCAGCUCAUUGGGACCACAACGAUCAUCAUAGUGUUGUUCACAAUCUUGUUGCUGGGUGGAGGAACCAUGCCUUUAAUCAGAUUGAUCGAUAUUGAAGACUCUAAAGCACGGCGGAAGAACAAGAAGGACAUUAACCUCAGCAAGACAGAAAAAAUGGGCAACACCAUUGAAUCUGAACACUUAUCUGAACUCACAGAAGAAGAAUAUGAAGCCCACUACAUCAAGCGUCAAGAUCUCAAAGGCUUUAUGUGGCUUGAUGCCAAAUACUUGAAUCCUUUCUUUACCAGACGGCUCACGCAAGAGGACUUGCACCACGGACGCAUACAGAUGAAAAGCCUUACCAACAAAUGGUAUGAAGAAGUGCGACAAGGACCCUCUGGUUCUGAAGAUGAUGAGCAGGAGUUACUGUAACAGGAGGGAGAGCAGCAGCAGCUUAUGCUGAUGACGCCAAAAAUUAGAUUUACGUGUAAUGGAAAGAGAUUCUCUUCACAAAAGACAGUUUGUGGAGACCAGCCCUCUUGUUGUACACAAGGAUGUGUGCAGUAUGCCAUUUGGUAAGAUUGUGGCCUGGAAACUGCUUUUCAAACAAAACAAUUGCAACAUGGAUUGACACGAAAGACUGUCUUUAAUGCUAAAGUUCCAAGUCUCUGGAAGUUACAGUGAAUCUUUGUGAACAGCAAACACCAACUGCAUUGGGAUAAUUAGGAAGUGGGUGAUACCCAUUAUGAUUUGUGCUGUAAACAUAUAUUAGAGAGAUACUGUAGAACAUUUGCAGAAAACUUUAGUGCACUUUAUUCUACCCUUUUUGUACACUGGUCCAGCACGGAAAAUAAUACUGUGAACUUGUAUCAAUGAUAAACAGGUAAAUUAUUAUUUAAAGUC